GAACGCACAGAUGGUAGAAUUAUACAGGGUGGCAGAUGUCUUUCUCAAAUGUACUCGUUGAACGUCAUCAAUAGUUACAUUGGGAAAGUGUUUUCCACUCCUCCAUCGAUCCUUAAGAUUAUUUAUGUGAACAGUGAGGAAGAUAUGAACGAAGACGUUGGCAUCUUCCGGAAAAAUCUCUAAUCCAUUGAUCGUAACUUUUCAUAAAUGUUUAACAAAUAGUUAUAAUUAAAAAAAGUAAAGCUUAAAAAUGGCUCGUAAAAUGCAACACAUGUUAGACGAGACUGAGCUUGAGACGAUAGCUCAAAAUGAACUUUCAAGAUUAAAAAGACAAUUUAGGAUAAUGGAAAAUGAUCGAAGUGUUUGUGCAGAAGAUGCAAAAUUACAACUUCGUAAACAAAUAAAUAUGAUUAAUCGUUUGGAAUAUGAAAAGGCAGAACUUGUUCUUCGUAUUAAAACUGCCAGCGCAAAAACGUUCACUCGUAAAGAAGAAAAAAUGGAAGAAAAGCUAAAGUGUGUUUUAAUAUCGCAAACACAAUAUGAUGAAAUGAUAAAGAAUGAAAAACAGGAAAUAGGAGAAAUCGAUGUUGAAAUUCGCAAGUUAUCAAAAGAAAUAGAAUUCAUAAGGAGAAAAAUUAAAACAGACGUUCAAUUAAAAGAAAUGUACAUACGAGAUGAAAAUAUAGUUUAUAUGUUGGAAAAUCGGCUUGAAGUAGCAACAAAAAGAUUUAACAUUGCUGUUGCUCUUAAUACAAAACUUCGAGAUGAAAUUGAAGAUAGACUCAAAGAAAGAUUGCAGUUUACAACACUUUGGAAUAAAUUAAUUCACCAAUUAAAUACUGGAAAGCAAAUUAUAAAUGAUUUAGUAGAACAAGCUACUAUCGCAUUCAAUCAAAGGGAUGAAGAAUUAAAUAAAAUUCAAGCUCUUCGUGAAAGGGGAUUAAGAGACUUAAGAAAUCAUAUCUCAGAAAUGUGUGAAUUACAAAGAACAAUGGAUAAUGAAAUGAAAUUACAAGAAUUUCUUGGUGUAAAAGGACAACAUCGUGAAAUGAGUGAUUUAAAUGAAAAACGUGCAGCUGAAAGAAAAGCUUCAAUGGAAUAUAAACAAUCCAAGAUUGAAACUUAUAAGAAUAUUUUACAUACGAUUAAAGAAUUUAUUGGUGAACAAAAUAAUGAUAAACUUAUAGCAAAAUUUAUCAAACAAGAGGAAGAAAAUUUUGCCUUGUUCAGUUACGUAAAUGAAUUAAACGAUGAAUUGGAGAGUCUUAAUUCGAGAAUUGAUCAAUUAACAAUAGCUAUACAAGAGGCACAAACUUUAAAUGAUCGUAUUAGUUACGAACAAACUCAGACAUUAGAGCAGCUCAAAACAGAACUUGAACAGCAAACCGCACUUGCUGAUGCGGCUGAAGAAAAUCUGGCACAGUGUGAUGAUGUACUAGAAAAACUAUUAAAAGGAAUAGAUUCUCUGUUUAAAGCAAUUCGUUGUGAUAAUUCUCCAAUUUUACGAUUAUUGGGCGAUAAUGAACAGAUAACGAUGAGUAAUGUAAUGCUAUAUUUAGGAAUUAUUGAAAAACAAAUUACACAAAUGUUCCACAAAGUAUAUUGGCUGGAUAGAGCUACGAAAACGCAACAAUUGCGAAUUGACGAAGAAAGAAGACCUAGAUUGAAAGUGCCUCCUAUUGAAUAUAUUGCUCCCACUCAACCUUGUGCCUUAUGCGUCGAAAAAGAAGAAUUACAAAUUGUAUCCGAAGGUUUGGAACAGCCAUUGACGCGCGAAGCAGCUGCUAUAAAGUUAAAGCAAAGACUCGAUGAAGAUUACUCAGAACUUUUGCAUAAUAUAUCUGGUUGUCAUUUACCGGCAGCUAGAAAAAUCAUACAAAAACGAUAUCAAUAAAAUAGUAACACAGAGUCUGUAAUACACAAUCAUUAAUAUUUAUGAACUACAUACAAGAUAAUCGGCUGAA